GCUUAUAAUUAACUGUUACCACACGACAGCACAUCUGACGCCAAAGCUAAACAGGCCACAGCACAUAACUCUUUAGUGGUGUACAAGAGGGAGGAAGUCGUUCGUUAUGCUGUUAUUUAAGACCUUAACAGCCUGAAAAUGGACAUUUGGCUAUUUUGUCCCACAACAUGGCCCAGUAUACAGAUGGGUCCUCAGCCCAGAUCUGGUCCAAACAAUAUAAAGCCCCUCCUAGAUUGUCCCGGGUUGUGCUCUUGGAUGUAGGGACCUCCUGUUUUUGUUCAAGAUGUGUUCACGUCAUGUGCUGCCAACAGUAGGAUCAAAUGUCACUGUCCACAUUACAAGGGUUAACUUGCAACCCCACUGUGCCUUUGUGGAAUUUGGUGGUAAUUUCAACCAUGGACAAUUGACGAGGGAAAUAUAUCAGCAAAUGAGAAAGGAAAUUCAAAUCUACAAAGAGCAAAAUUAUUGUUUUGAAGGCAGCCCAGGUGAUGUAUGUCUUGUCGAAGAAGAAAAAAUCUGGCAUCGAGCAAGGAUACUCUCAAGAUGUGCAGAUGAAUACCUUGUUUUACUAAUUGAUGUUGGUAGAACACUUUGGGCAUCGAAGAGGUUUUUGGCAUGGGGUCAGAGCAGCUUUUUCAACCUACCACCCAUGAUGGAGCUUUUUAUCAUGGCCAGCGUCUCACCACUGUCUCUUGAAAAUAGAUGGUCUCCAACUGCCUCCGAGUUUCUCAAGUCUUUGUCUGGCAAAACUGUCUGUGGUUGUGUUCAAGAUGUGAUGAUGCCUUACAGAAUAAUCAUUCUUGAUAUUCCAACUGUAUUCAAGCAAAUGCAAGAAUUUGGAUUUGCUAAAAAGAUACCAUCUGAAGAGUUUCAAAUUCUUGUGAUGAAUUCUCUGCAUUCACAGAAAGAGAGUGUUUCUUGUGCAAGGCCUCAUCCUGCCUUGACAAAUUUUCAAACAGAGCAUGCUAAUGACCUUGAAAAGGUCAAUCAGUACUUGUACCCAGAAUUGUUGCCAGGAACCAUUGAGGCAGUGGAAGUCACACAAGUAAUUAAUCCGUUGUGCAUUUUCUGCAAACUACAUGUCUUCUCACAUGAACUGAAGAAGCUAAGUGAGCAGAUUCAGGAAUACUGCGAAAGCAACUCUGCUGCUGUAAUGUCAAGGCCAUCUGAUGGAUCUCCUUGUGCCACUAAAGGAAGUGAUGGCAAAUGGUAUCGAUCCAUUCUACAGCAAAAUGUUGGGUUUGAUUUUGCCAAGGUGUUUCAUGUUGAUUAUGGAAUCGCAGAUUUUGUCAAAAUGGGAGACAUCAGACCGCUGUCUGUGAAAUUCUUCAGACUACCUGUUGUUACAUAUAAAUGCUCUCUAUAUGGUAUAAAAGACAAAGGCUUUGGCUGGACAACAGCUCAGAUUGAGCAUCUGAAAUCAGUUUUGCUGAAUCAAAUCUUUGUUGGGAAAUUUGAGUACCAAAAUUUGUCUGGUGGUAUUUACUAUGUGACACUCCAUGGAAAUGACCAUGUGAACAUUAACAACAGUUUUGCUGCCCAGGAGAACUGUCUUUUAGCUCCUGAUAGAGCUUGGUUUGACUCCCCUUCUGAGAUUCAAAGCCAAGAAACUCACAAAAAUUUUCAUGAGCAUAGAUAUGCAACUCCAGUUCAUUCCCUCGGCUCUUGUAUUGUUCCACAUGACUUGUUGCCUCCUGAGAAUUCCAAGGUGUAUGGACUUCCUAGGACUGAAUUGAGUACUACAGGAGACAGUCCUGCAGAAAGGAUUUACAGAAGUCUGCCAACUGACCUUUAUCCAUGCAAUGUGGAAUCUGUACUUGAUGAACAUUUGUUUACAGUUGGAACUGUCAUUGAGGUUAAUGUGUCACAUGUGGAAAAUGACCAGAGAUUUUGGUGUCAAAUGGCUGGCAGUCUGUCAGGUCUCAAGAUGCUAAUGGAAGAUAUCCAAAGAUGUUAUUCGUGCAGUCAGUUCCAGCUGUCCACAGGAUCAAGGAUCUGUGUGGCACAUCAUCCAGAUGAUGGGAUGUGGUAUCGAGCACAGAUUGUAAACCACUAUCUGACCCCUCAUGCUGAUGUGCGCCUUAUUGAUUAUGGACAACUGUUGAAAGUGCCGUUGCAACGUUUGCGUCCUAUUGAGCCACAAUUUCUAAAGUUGAAAUGCCAAGCUUUCCAGUGCAGCCUAUCCAACAAGAUGCAUUCUGGAAGUUGUGAAGGUACAGCUCUAAGUGAUAGUGGAUUGUCAGACUCCUUUGACUUUAUUUCCCCAGUGUCCUUCUGCAAGGUCUCUUUAAAAUGCACUGUAAAUGCAAUUAUGUAUGACUCCCAAGGUGCAGUGCUCAAUAUAGUGGAUGUUGAAUCUCUAGCUCCAAAUUUGUGCACUGCAUUUGUUCCAAAAGAAGCAAAUAUCUCAGCAGUGGAAUCUCUUGAAUCACCCUGUGUUCUGGAUGAUGUACAUGCUAUCUCAAUUCACAGUAUCAAUGUAGGAGCAGAAGAACAGGUUUGGAUAACCUGCGUGAAAGGUGUGAACCACUUCUGUGGUCAAAUUAAACAAAAUACUGACCUGGUUGCAAAACUGAACAAAGGCAUUCAGCAGUAUUGUGCUGUGGCAGAGCAAACCAGAUAUUCGUUUUCCCCAGAAAUGAUGUGUGUGGCAAGAUAUAAUGAUGGCCAGUGGUACAGAGGUCAAAUCAAAGCUGUAAAACCAAACAUCAUUGUGCAUUUUGUAGAUUAUGGUGAUGUCCUAGCUUUAGAUGAAUCUGAUGUUUUACCUUUUCCUGCUGAGCAAUGUGCAUACAUGUCUAUCCCCUUUCAGGCUGUCCAGUUCAGACUUUUCAAUGUAACAUUACAAGAAUCCUCAGAGCUUAACACCUGGUUUGAAAAUCAUGCCAUUGACUGUACGUUUACUGCCACUGUAAUGGGGAAAAGUCGUACUGGAAAGUUAUCAGUGGAACUGCAUGAUGGCCAAACAAACAUAAAUUUGAAAGUGAAAGAGAAAUGGAAAGAAAUCCAAAAAAAGGAACAUAACCCCAAAAGAGUAGCAAACAAGAUGUCACCUAAAUUCACAGAACCUUUGUGGAGAAGAGACCAUUCUAACUCCAGACUUGAAGCACUCCAGGAUUGUAGAAACACAUGGAAAUCAGCUGAUCCAAGUAGUUUUACGGGCAAGGAAGUUGAAAAAGUGCAGUGUACUGAUUUUGCAACUGGGCCCUUCAUAUCUCAGAAAGCAGAGAAACAAACAGAUCUUGACAAACCUGUGGUUUCCAUUUGUUCAAAACUGAAAGACCUGCCAUCAAGAAUUAUUGAAGCAGGAUUUGUCUCAGAAGUGUAUGUUUCCCACUGCAUUAGCCCAUCAAGCUUUUUUGUUCAGCUUGCAAGUGAAGAGAGUGAAAUAUGCUCUCUUGUGGAUGAACUGAAUUGCUCAAAGUUUUGUGAAUCACUGGUUGAUUUUAACCAGUUUUUGCCAGGUCACUUGAUAAAGGCAGCGUUCCCUUAUGAUGGCGCUUGGUACAGGGCAGUUGUCAAAAACAAACUCAACGAUUGCACAAUUCAUGUGGAAUUCUUUGACUAUGGAAAUGAAACAAACCUCUCAGUUUUGAACGUGCGACAGCUAGGCUUGCAAUUUCUCAAAUACCCCAGAUAUAGUAUUCACUGUUGUCUUACUGUAGGUGAUGGUGAAGGAAAAAGAGAGUGGACAACAGAGCAGGCAGAACUGUUUAAAAAAGCCACUGUUACAAAUGGUGAGAAAAAACUGCUUUGCACCUUUAUCAAAGAAAAAGCAUCUGUUUGGCAGGUUAGCAUCAAAGAUCAAGGUGUGAUGCUGGCUGAGUCAUUAUUAGACAUGGAAUACGCUGUUAAAAGUUCUUGUGAUACGCCGAUGACUGUCAACUCUGGAGAUGUCUGUCCAGGCAUAUACAAAAAACCAGAGGUUUCCGUAGGCCAGAGAAUAGAGGCGUAUGCUUCAUCCAUUGCAGGGCCAAAUUACUUCUGGUGCCAGUAUGCAGCCUUUGAAAAACUUGACCAAAUAUCUGUGAUCGCUCAAGAAAGUGGAAAUUCUGCACCAACACAUCUUAUUCAGUUACAUCAUUUGAGCCCAGGAGAUUCAUGCUUGGCUCUUUUCCCAGAUGACAACAUGUGGUACCGUGCACAAGUUAUUAAUAAAUGUGAGAGCUCAGUCUCUGUGCUUUUCAUAGAUUAUGGAAAUGAGAGUGAAGUUCACCCAACAUCAGUCAAAGCAGUACCUAUUAGCCUACUGGAAGCCCCACCUCAAGCAUUUCUUUGUCAGUUGGAAGGAUUCAAACCCACAGAUGGAUAUUGGAAUGAUACUGCUGCUGGUAGAUUCAGUGCACUUGUGGCGGAUAAGCUUCUGACCGUUAGUGUUCAAAAUGUUGAUAUUACCUCCGAUGUCUCUAACUGUCCUCAGUACAAUGUCCAAGUUGAGUGCAGCAUGGGCCUUAUAAAUGGCCUCAUGAAAGAUUACUGGAUUGGCUGCACCACUGAAGUCUGUGGACAAAUCACUAAAGAAGUUUCUCUGAAACCUAUGGUAAUGAGUCUGAGUGGUUCUGGUCCAUCAACACAGUGUUUUCCUAAAGUUACAGACCUCCCCCCUACAGCCAUUGGACAAGAUUUUGUUUCAGAAGUUUAUGUUUCACACAUUAAUAACCCCUCCAGUUUUUUUGUUCAGUUAGCAAAAGAUGAAAACGAUCUAAUUUCUCUAACAGAAGAGCUAAAUUCCACCUUUUUGUCAGUCAGUGACCAAAUUGAGACAAAUUCUGUUUCACAUGGCAGUUUAGUGAAAGCUGUUUUUCCUGAUGAUGACUCCUGGUAUCGUGCGGUCAUCAAAGGUACUAAUGAGAAGGAUGUUCAUAUAGAAUUCGUGGACUUUGGAAAUGAGGCGACUGUUCCUGUCAUAAAUGUGUGCAAGCUUGAUGAGCAAUUUUUGAAGUUUCCAAGGUUCAGCAUCCAUUGCUGUCUUAAUGCAGACGAUCAUGUCAGUAUUCAGUUGGGAACAGAGCAAGGAACAUCUCCACUGAUUAAUGUAUCUGGGAAGGAUGGUGAAAAGAGACUGUUUUGUAAGUUUAUCAAGGAGCUCAGAACUGUUUGGGAAGUCAAAAUUGCUGAUGAGAAAAGUGCAUUAGAUGGUUCAUGUAAAGAUCUUCCUCUUGAAAAAUGGGAGGAUUUGGAUAUUAGUAGACUAGAGAAUGCCUCUCCAAAGCAAGUGCUCUCUGAAGUAAUACAGAUAGAGACUACAGAUGUCUUCUCAUUGCCAUUCAAGAGACCAGUGAUUUCUGUAGGACAGACAGUAGAGGUAUAUGCUUCAUACAUAGCUGGACCAGAUUACUUCUGGUGCCAGCAUGCAAAUUCUGAGGAACUUGGCAAAAUCUCUGUGAUUGCUCAAGAAACUGGAAACUCUGCACAAACCGAUCUUCUUCAGAUAGAACGUUUGUGCCCAGGAGACACUUGCAUAGCUCGCUUCACUGAUGAGAUGUGGUACCGUGCACAGGUUAUUAAAAAAUCUCCAAAUACCUUUUAUGUGCUUUUUGUGGAUUUUGGAAAUGAGUUUGAAGUUGAAGUGGACUCUAUGAAGCCUUUGCCUCUCAGUCUGCUGGAAAGUCCACUUCAAGCAUUUCUGUGUCAGCUGGAAGGAUUCAGCCUCUCAGAUGGGUCCUGGAAUGAUAACGCUACAGACAAAUUCUGUGAGCUUAUAGUGGAUAAGCCCCUGAAAGUGACAGUUAAAAAGCUUCACAAUGUUCUGGACAGUCCUUCUCCUUCACAUCAUGUCAAAGUCCACUCAAAGGAAUGUGUUGUAAAUGAGCAGAUGAAAAGUUUUUGGAGUGCUUGUACGCGUGCUUUUGAAACGAACUCUCAAAAUCCUCGCUUGAUUGCCAACUCUGUACAAUUACUUUCAAAUGGCCAGUCUGCUCCUGGGAAUAGAGUUGAUGUAAUACCUGAUAAUUCUCUAGAAAACAUCAGGACAAGUGACAUGAAGCCUCAGUGUAAUUCACCUUUUGAAAAUGAAGAAACCUUUAAGCAAAAUGAUGAAUUGCAUGAAGAGCCUGUUAAAAAUGAAGUUAAGGUGGAGGAAAGACACGCCAGUGCUACAGAUCUUGAUGCUGUCAGUGGUGAUGCACCAUGCCUUACAUUGGAAAAUGUUUCAGAAAGCAAGGAAGAAUUUAGUGGAACUGGUGACAAGUGUUACCAGACCAGUCAACUGACAAACGAUGGACCUGACCAAGAAGGGGUCAAAGAAAUAAAUUCAACUGUGCCAGCUACACAGGCUGAUUUAGUAGGCUACAAACCAGAACUGGAUGAGUUUUUCCAAUGGAGGGACUGGUAGCUCUUUGCUGUUAAAGUUGCAGAUACUUCACCUGGACGUUGGAUAUUGGGUGUAUACAUAAUGAGCAUCGACAGCAUCACCAUGGAGCACUUAUACUCAGUGUAUCAGAUCUUGCAGUAGUUAUGCACUGUGUUAUGAUCACUGUUUUCAUGUGAAUUGUGAUAUACCACUGUUCUCUUGCAGCCCUGUACUGUUUGGAUUGUUACUUUCCUUGUCAUUGCAUCUGUUUUUAUGUAUUUAGUAUUGACACUAAAUAAAAGACAUCUGCAGCAA